AGAGAGAGAGAGAGAGAGAGAGUUGUUUUAAGUUUACGGACACAAGAGGCACUGCUCAGAGCUAAAAAGCUCAUCACCUGCAGAGAAAUCAGAGAGAGAGAGAGAGAGAGAGGGAGAAAGAAGGCAAACGGAUGCGUUGGGAGACUUAAAUUGGGGAGCAGCGCGGUGCAGAGGGGGCAUGGCGGCGUUGCAGAGUUGUGUGAGAUAAUAGCUGUGCGAGUCUGUGUUGUUCUUUAAAUGCUUCCGAAAUUCGUUUCGGAGAAGAAGGAAAGAAAGGGAAGGGAGGGAAUUCAUGGGUCGAUUAACACUAAGCAGUAACCAGCCAAAGUCUUUUUCCCUGACGAGCUAGAGCUGCAAUUAACCCCUUCCCAACUACACAGACACAGACACAGACACAAACACAAACACAAAACACACUCUUUGAGAAAACAGUAAAGCUAGAAAAACAUAUACACAAGAACAACAACACUCGUAUACAGGUAGCAAGCAAGCAAGCACAGAAGAAGAAGAAGAAGAAGAAGAAGAAGAAGAAUUCUCAACGAAAGACAACAAGGGCAGAAAAAAAGAGGAAUUGAAGAAUACCCAUUUGGUAUUUGGGUGCUGAUUUUUGGCGAGAGUGGAGCUUCUGAUAUGGAUUGUCUGUCACAAUUGAGGUCCUGGUCAGGCUUAGAGGAGGAAGAAUGGCUGGGUUUUUCUCAUUAGGUGGAGGAGGAGGAGGAGCGAGGAGGAGCAGCCAAGAAGAAGAUCAUCAUCAGCAAAGCGGCAACAACCCUCCAACAGAGAUUCCCCCAGAGAGCUUGUUCUGGUACAAGAAUGAAGAUGUGGCAGCGUACAAGGGUUUCGAACUAUGGCAACAGCAACAGCAAGAGCAAGUACUUCUCCAACAACGGCACCAUCAACAUCUUCAACAAGAUCUCUACACCUCAGCGGCUGGGUUAGGCGUGGGCCCCAGCAGGAGCUCAAUCAACGUCUCUGAUGAGUCGCCUUCAAGAUCGGCACUCAUGAUGAUGAGGUCCACAGGAGGAGGGGUGAGCUGCCAGGACUGCGGAAACCAAGCCAAGAAGGACUGCGCUCACAUGCGGUGCAGGACUUGCUGUAAGAGCCGAGGAUUGGACUGCCCAACCCAUGUUAAAAGCACUUGGGUUCCGGCUGCCAAGCGCCGCGAGCGCCAACAACACCUCUCUGCUUUGCAGCAACAACAACAACAACUUCAGCUCCACGGAGGAGGAGGAGGAGAGAAUUCCAAAAGACAGCGAGAGAAUCCCUCUCUCGCCUGCACUCGUUUGCCCACUAGCGCGUCAGGGUUAGAAGUUGGACAUUUUCCGGCGACAGUGAACUCUCCAGCUGUUUUCCAAUGCGUACGAGUGAGCUCUAUUGAAGACGCAGACGAUCAGUACGCGUAUCAGACAGCUGUGAACAUAGGUGGCCAUGUUUUCAAGGGCAUUCUCUACGACGUAGGCCCCGAAACCAACUACUCCGUGGGUGGGGAGAGCUCCUCCGGGGGUGGCGGAAUUCAACCUCUCAACCUUAUUGCCGGUGCCGCCACUACCAGUGCCGCCACAGCUGCCGGUGGUGGCGCCGCUGAAGUGGCUUCGUCUGCCAUGGCACUUCUUGAUCCUUCUUCUCUAUACCCAGCUCCGCUUAACUCCUUCAUGGCUGGUACGCAUUUCUUCCCACCCCCAAGAUCAUGAAAACAAACCCACAUUCUUCCAUCUCUCUCUCUCACCAACUUUUCUCUUUGCCGGCAAUAUUUCAUAAUAUCGAUGAUCAUGUAGUAAAUUUGACAAUCAUUCAAGUAGGAGUAAAGGCAACUCAAAAAAAAAAAAAAACAAUGUACGAGCGGAAACGAGGAAGAUGUUUGUUUUUGUGCAAAUCUCAAAUCCUCAACGAAAGUUAAAUUAUUGUUAUUGUUCUUCAUUUCGUUGAAAUGGUAACUUGUUUCUGUACGAAAUGGG